AAAAACAAAUGCAGCUUUCCUCAUUUCACCACGGCGCAUGAACAAAAGUGAAAGUAAACCAGAGCAGAGCAGACCACGGGGAAAAGUCUCCCUUUCUACGUUCAGUUCUUCGACAACAUGAGCGAUACAAGGAGGAUCGUCCUGCUGGGGGAAACCAGAGCUGGGAAAAGCAGCCUAGCAAACACCAUAUUUGGAGAAACUGUAUUCGAGACGGCCAGUUCUCCAAACUCCCAGACUAGUAUUUGUAAAGCAGAGUCCAGAUCUGUCAACGGCAGAAGCAUCACUUUGAUCGACACUCCUGGAUUCGUUGACACAGAGAAAACUGAGGAGCAGCUAAAGAAAGAAAUGCUGAAGUGUGUCUUAGAGUGUGCUCCUGGGCCUCAUGCUUUUCUCAUCGUGCUCAAAGUGGAGAGAUACACAGAUCAAGAGGAGGUUAUUGUCAGACAGAUUUCCCAAUAUUUCUCUGCAGAAGCUUUCAGAUAUGCUGCAGUUGUCUUCACUCACGGUGACCAGCUUGAUGAAGAAAUGAAAAUUCAUGACUUUGUCAAUCAGAGUGAAGGCCUGAGUGAUCUUGUGAAGAAGUGUGGUGGCCGCUGUCACGUCAUUGAUAACAAAUACUGGUGGAACAACCAGCAAGAUCCCUACAGGAGCAACCAGUUCCAGGUGGCUCAGCUGCUCUGCACAAUAGACGAGAUAAUUGAGCAAAAUAAUGGAGGCUGUUACACCAAUGAAUUGUUAGAGGCAGCAGAGAGAGAAAUACAAAAGGAGGAAGAGCGUAUUAGACAGUCAUCAAGAAAUAUGUCAGAGAUAGAGAUCAGAGAAAAGACUGAAAUCAGUGCUUUGAAGAGAUUGUGCCACAUACAGUAAAGUCAAAGGCCACAGCUCUGAUUGUACAGUUGAAAAUUUAAGAGACCAGAGGAGCUCUCUUCCAUUAUGCAUUCCAUCUUCUGGAAGUCCACCAGGACUGUGUCAGUGCCCACCCUCUGGAAAACAUCUGCUGUCAUACCGGUGCCCAAGAAGCCCAGACCAUCAGAGCUAAAUCAGUACUGGCUAGUUGAACUCAUCUUAAUCAACUCAACUUACAUCAUGUACAACUCAUCUUACAUCAUCCUCAACUCGUCAGCAACUCAUCUUACAUCUUGCAUCAUCCUCCCAAUUGUUGGACCACAAUUGGACCCCAAUCGGUUUACCUGUAAGGCCAAAAAGGGGACAGAGGACGCUGAAAAUCAUGCCUCCUUCACUCCUUCCUACAACACCUAGAAUCACCUGGUAAUUUAGUGAGACUCCUCUUUCCCAGCCUCAGUUCUGCUUUCAACUCCAUCCACUGCCACCAGAUGUUUGGGAAACUUCACCACCUCUCAUCCACUGGGUGUACAGCUUCCUCAGUGCCAGACCACAAACAGUUGGAGAGGACAUUUUAUUUUUUUCCAUAGACAAACAUGUAGAAAU